GCGGGUGGGUGUGGGCCACCCGCUAUGCCGUCACCCACCCCACCCCACCCCUGCCCGCUAGUGUACUCGCGCCAAUCCUUUCAACAUCUAAAUCCAAUCCCUCUUUUUUCUCUCUUUUUCUGAUCCCCCAGCUAUCGACCUCCAAACUCUAUUCUGGAUCCCAUCUGUUGUCUUGUUUGGAGCUCAAAACCGUAAUCACUCGGUUAUCAGAAACCCUAGUGCCGAGGGUUUUAUUGUGCCUAUAAUUAUCUUGAGCUUGUUAGAUUUCUAGGGUUUCAUCCCCGUUCUCUCGUAGUUCUCCUUCUUUGUUUGGUACCGGACGCCGCCGGCGGAUAUCCUGCGGCAAGCGGCAUCGUCGCGUGAGGUCGAGGUAUAUCCUUAUGGUUCUGGUUUCAGAUUCUCCAUUUUUAUUGGGAGAAAAUAAAUUUGUAUGAUCAAAUAUUUUCAUUCUAGGGAUUGAGAAAAUGGUUUAGGGUAUUUGUGUAAAAGAGAAAAAACGAAAUAUUGGGAAGGAUGGCAUGAAGGGGCAGUUGCUCAGAAUUUUUCAGAUACCAAACUGUGCAAUAUGAUGAGUAUGAGAUUUCCAAAGCGGUAUAUCAUUGUUCUACUAACCUUCAUCAGCACAAAUGUAUGCUACAUCGAGCGUAUUGGUUUCUCAAUUGCUUACACUUUCGCUGCGGAUGCCAUUGGUGUUGAUCAAUCAAGCAAGGGCCUAAUACUUUCAGCAUUCUACUAUGGGUAUGUUGUCUCACAAGUGCCUGGUGGAUGGACAGCACAAAGAGUAGGAGGGAGACGUGUUCUGCUUAUGUCAUUUUUAGUUUGGUCUUCAACAUGUGCUUUAGUUCCACUGGACCCUAGCAAGGUCCGUGUUUUAGUGCUUGCUCGCUUGCUUGUUGGGGUGGCACAGGGAUUCAUAUUUCCCUCCAUUCAUACAGUGCUCGCACAAUGGGUCCCACCACAUGAGCGUUCCCGUUCUGUAUCUCUUACAACCUCGGGGAUGUAUUUAGGUGCAGCUGGUGGCAUGCUUCUACUGCCAAGCUUGGUGAAGUACAAGGGUCCUCAGUCAGUUUUCCUGGUCGAAGCAGCAUUGGGUGCCAUCUGGUCUAUCCUUUGGUUUAAAUAUGCUAGUGAUCCACCUCGUUCUGAUCGUCCUAUGGCAAUGGCUGUUGGUUUUGGAGAGUCUUUGUUGCCUGUGACUCGGCUGAAAGAUAAGAUGAGAGUGCAAAAUGGCGGGAAUUCUCUUAAUGCCUCUAAGAUACCAUGGAAAAGGAUAAUCUUCAGUUUGCCGGUUUGGGCAAUUGUGGUGAACAACUUCACUUUCCAUUAUGCAUUAUAUGUGCUUAUGAAUUGGCUGCCAACAUAUUUUGAGCUAGGCCUUCAGCUGAGUCUUCAGGAGAUGGGAUCUUCCAAGAUGGUCCCUUACCUGAACAUGUUUGUAUUUUCUAAUAUUGGUGGAGUAGUUGCAGACCAUUUGAUUACCAGAAAGAUCUUAUCAGUGACAAAGACUCGUAAACUGUUGAAUACUGUUGGGUUCAUCAUAGCUGCCUUUGCUUUGAUGGCGCUCCCAUUUUUCAGAACGUCAACGGGGACCGUGUUCUGCUCUUCAGUUACUCUUGGCUUUUUGGCACUAGGAAGAGCAGGAUUUGCUGUAAAUCAUCUGGAUGUGGCUCCAAGAUAUGCAGGUAUUGUGAUGGGGGUUUCCAAUACAGCAGGGACAUUGGCUGGCAUUGUUGGUGUGGGGCUCACAGGAAGCAUUCUGGAGGCUGCAAAGGCUUCCAGUAUGGAUCUUUCAAGCUCUGAGAGUUGGAAAUCUGUAUUCUUUGUUCCAGGAUACCUCUGCAUAUUCAGUGCUGUUGUUUUUUUAAUAUUUGCAACAGGAGAAAGAAUUUUCGAGUAACAAAACAUUCCUAUGGAUAUUUUUAAUUCAAAAGUCCAUUGCAAAGGUUUACCUGGAGAUUUGAUUUUAACUCAUUUGGUACAAUAUUCAAACGUUUAAUUUCUUUACACCUUUUUAGAUUCAUAUGUGCCACUGUAUUUUGAAACAUUGUAAUGAGCAAACAAAAUUGAAUGUCAAGAUUGGAAUAGUAAGCUUCUCAAGAUCAA